ACGUCAAAGUUGUCAAGUCAAAGGAGUCAAACUGUACAUUUAUUUCAGAGGUUACUUUUGAUUUUCGUAACGAGAAAGCCCUGUAGAAAUUAAAUUUAGAAGAAGCUCGAUAGGUCAGAUCAAUACUUUAUUACGCAACAUGGCCAAUUCAGGAAAAGGAACAUUUCAACCGGACUCUGACGUCCAUAUUUCCUUUGAAGACCAACAAAAAAUUAACAAAUUUGCGCGACUGAACGCUAAAGUUGACGAUUAUAAAGAUGAGCUGAAAAUAAUACAAAACGACAUGAAGAAUUUAGAAGAAGCUGUCGAAGAGCUGGCGCUUGCUGACGACAGCGAGAAGAUUCCUUACCUUGUUGGAGAAGUAUUCAUCUGUCAGAGUCUCGAAGACACCAUGAAAUCAUUAGAAGAGUCAAAACAGAAAAAAGAAAAUGAAAUAGCUGAAUUAGAGACAAAAUGUGAGGAACUCAAGUCUCAAAUGGCUGAACUGAAGGCACACCUUUAUGGAAAGUUCGGAAGCCAUAUAAAUUUGGAAAAUGAGGAGGAAUGACGCAUCAAAUGCAAUAUCCAGAUAUUGAAACAAAACUAACACAGCAGUGUCACAAUUUUUAUUUCAUAAGAUACAUUUUAUUAUGACUUGUACAACAAUAACUAGUAUCAAUGUUCUUACAAGUUGUAUGACAUGUCAGAUGUUCACUGCAGCCUCAUUAACAGCAAGAUAUGAAUCAGCAUGUUAUAACCUUGCUGAUAUGUUUAAAUAACACAUCUCUUAAUGCUUAAAUAAUAUUAGUUUCAAAUACUUUUUUUAUUAUCCUCCAAACUUCUUUGUGCUAGUGAAACAAAUUACUCAAUUUUAUUUAUUAAUAUUCAUCAAUCUCAAUGGUCAAUAAAAAUAUAAAUAACUGUAUUAAACUGCAAUGUGUAUUUGGGUAAUUCCGAAGGGAAAAAACAGUUAAGUGCUGGAUAAUCCUGAAGAGGGGCACAGUUACUACAACAGAGUGAGUGAUUUUGAAAUGUAUUUCAUGAUUACCCAAUUUCCGAAUUUACCUAAAUACUCCUUAAUAAUAAAAUUGUUGUGCUCAUAUGAAUGGUACUGUUUUAAAACUUGUAAUAUGUUUGCAAUAAAUGCUUUUGAGUUUGA